ACUCUCUUAAUGGGUUUAUGUAUUACAUCACAGCUCGUGAGGAUAUAUCAGACGAGGCGAGUGACUCUCAUCUUGUCAACCAAAAGAAAAGGGGAGAAACAUGCAGAUUCUUCGCGUGAGGUGCUUAAAUUCGCAAAGGAACCCCCUAAAGCUGAUAGUAACCGCGAGCGCACCGGAGACUCCGCUUAGGGAAAGUUGCUGAUGCUGUCACUCUUUUAAAUAAGUGAAGCGCUCGAGUGUGUCCUCUUUCCCUGGAAGAAAAUCAUACGAAACCGUUGAGGACGAACUCGCCAAACUGUCACACAGAGGCUUACUGCCCAGCUCCACUACCAGUCACCGGUUGCUAUGGAGAAAGCAGCUGCCUGACUCCUGAAGAAGUGGAUUUACUUCGGAAUCUUGUGGAGAGAGCGUGCACAUCGCAGCAAUUCGAAACGGAGGGAAACUACUUUUAUCCUUUCUGAGCCCAAGUCUUUGAAUCACGACCAAGACUCAAAUAGACAUGAAUCAAACACAUCAUAUUGUUGCAAUGUACUUGUUGGUGUUCUCUUUUGGUGUGCGGAUAGAAGAGGGUGCAUGUCAGCAUUACUACCUUCUCCGUCCCAUCCCAAGUGACAGUUUGCCACUUGUAGACCUAAAGGAGGAUCCAGACCCCGUCUUCGAUCCGAAAGAGAGGGACCUUAAUGAAACCGAACUGAAAAGUGUACUUGGAGAUUUUGACAGUCGUUUCAUGUCCAUCACACCCCCUCAGGACAAAUAUACUGGGAAUGAUGAACUGGAUGAUUUGGAGCUCCAGCACACUCCCACCGGCGUCAUGCCCAGGGACAUCAAAGCCAUGGAUUUUGACAUUCAGUUUGGCAAGAAACGCAAACCCAGCAAAAAGCUGAGACGGAGGCUGCAGUUGUGGCUUUGGUCGUACUCUCACUGUCCAGUUGUUUACACAUGGAACGACCUCGGGAACAGAUUUUGGCCCAGAUACGUACGAGUAGGAAGCUGCUACAGUAAGCGCUCUUGUUCGGUUCCAGAGGGAAUGGUCUGCAAACCCGCCAAAUCAACUCAUAUCACAAUACUGAGAUGGAGAUGUCUUCAGAGGAAGGGUGGACUGAAAUGUGCUUGGAUACCAGUUCAGUAUCCAAUUAUUACCGAAUGCAAGUGUUCUUGCGCGAACUGAAAGUAUGACAAAAUUGUGCCCGGUAUAAGUUAUAAUGACAUUGUAAUUUUGUAUGCACUACCAAGUGUAGGAGGAAUGUAUUUUUUGUAUAUGUGGUGCCAUGUAAUGAUAUAGCUUCUUGUAAAAAAGACAGUAUUAUGUGUAACCAGAGUCUACUGUAUUUGUGGAAAAUAUUGGUUAUAACUUUUGUAUUUAUAUUGAAGCUAAGGGCGCAUUGCUGUCAAAUAACCGUUUUCCAUUCUUUGGAAGAUGUGGAUCUAUCGACCUCAAACUAAAUAUAGGUUAUAAAAGUUUUGCAGGACAGCUGCGUUCAAAUGGUACAUUUCAAUGAUUUAUCAUGUAAAUUAAGAGUAACUGCUAUUUAUUCUUUAUAUUCCUAUAAUAAAACGACUGUAAAAUAAAACCACUAAAACGAA